AUGGAAAUGAGUGAUGAAGGGAGUUUUGAAGUACCUGAACGUGAGAUUCUCCGACGGUAUGGAGGUCCUCUCGAAGCUAAACGUAAAGCUGAGGAAAGAGAAAAGAAAAAAGCCGAAGUACGUAAACGGCUAGAAGAAGCUGGUAAGAAAAAAGCUAAAAAAGGUUUUUUAACUCCAGAAAGAAAGAAAAAACUUCGGAAACUGCUUAUGAUGAAAGCAGCAGAAGAUCUGAAACAACAGCAGUUACUGAAAGAACAAGAAAGACAGAAAGUGCUGUCGCAACGUACAAUACCAUUACCUGAUGUCGAUAAUAUUGAUGAACACGGUAAAUUGGAAGCGAUAUACAAUGAGUUGUUCGAGCACAUGGUAAAAUUGGAAGCAGAAAAAUAUGAUAUUAAUCAAGCAGUUAUGGCUAAAGAUGCGGAAAUUAACGAGCUUACGAUUGCUGUGAACGAUCUACGAGGCAAAUUUGUGAAACCGACCUUGAAGAAAGUAUCUAAAUACGAUAACAAAUUUAAAAAGAUGGCUGGACAGAAGAAAGAAGAUAAGCAGGACUUCCGAGCAAACUUGAAAGUAGUCAAAAAAGAUAAUGUUAUAGAUGACAUUGUUAACAAGCAGAUGGCGAAAAAGACUGACAAGCCUGAUUGGUCCAAGAAAGGUGGUGAUAAGGGAGGUGCUGAGACUGAAGAGAAAAAACACGAAGCACCGAUAGAAGAAGCUGCACCACCUGAAGAAGAUAUUGCUGAAGAUGAAGGUGAAGAAGAGGGAGAUGAAGAAGUCGAAGAAGAAGAAGAGGAGGAAGAGGAAGAAGAAGAAGAAGAGGAAGAGGAGUAA